AUGUUACAGUCUGCAGCUACACAGACUGCUCCAGUCCAACCAGUGUCGGAAUUCCUGGAAGCUACGCCGGCAUCACCAUCCACUUCCUUCUCUGUGGCCAGCCAAGUGCAAGACAACACAGCAGAAAGUGUAGACAUGGACGCUCCCAACAGUGCGCCGGCGUAUGGAGAUGAUCCUGAAGAUGGUUCUGAUCUGGAGAGUAGAGCUGUCCAGGGGGUCGGAGAUGUCCAAGACGAUGGAGCUGUAAAGGAAUGUCAAAAGAGACCUCUACAUCAUGCUGUGAAGUGUCUGUGGUGUAGUAUAAAUGUGGGGCUCUUGCUAUCCAGCGGUGCAGACCCAUACGCAAGGGAUGAGUGUCAAAAGACACCUCUACAUCAUGCUGCGGCGCGUUGGGGGUGUGGUAGAAGAGUGGAGCUUUUGCUAUCCAGGGGUGCAGACCCAAACGCAAGGGAUGAGUGUCAAAAGACACCUCUACAUUAUGCUGCGGAGAAUGGCUUUGAUAGCCGAGGUAUGGAGCUGUUGCUUUCCAGCGGUGCAGACCCAAACGCAAGGGAUGAAUGUCAAAAGACGCCUCUACAUUAUGCUGCGCAGAGUGUCUUUGAUAGCCGAGGUAUGAAGCUGUUGCUAUCCAGCGGUGUAGACCUAAACGCAAGGGAUGAGUGUCAAAAGACGCCCCUACAUUAUGCUGCGCAGAAUGGCUUUUGUAGCAGAAGUGUUGAACUGUUGCUAUCCAGCGGUGCAGACCCAUACGCAAGGGAUGAGUGUCAAAAGACGCCCCUACAUUAUGCUGCGCAGAAUGGCUUUUGUAGCAGAAGUGUUGAACUGUUGCUAUCCAGCGGUGCAGACCCAUACGCAAGGGAUGAGUGUCGAAAGACGCCUCUAUAUUAUGCUGCGCAGAGUGGCUGUGGUGUCAGAUAUGUGGAGCUGUUGCUAUCCAGCGGUGUAGACCCAUACGCAAGGGAUGAGUGUCGAAAGACGCCUCAAAAUUAUGCUGCGGAGAGUGACAAGCCGGGCAGAGGUGUGAAGCUCUUGCUAUCCAGCGGUGCAGACCUAAACGCAAGGGAUGAGUGUCAAAGGACUCCACUACAUUGUGCUGUGGGGAAGGACUUGUUCGGCGGGGAUGUGGAGCUGUUGGUAUCCAGCGGUGCAGACCCAAACGCAAGGGAUGAGGUAUUCCCGGCACCUGCUUCACAACUGGCAUUCCUGUUCCAAGGAUGUUUGGGGAUGAUCCCUGAAAUGGGCCACUCAGAUCCAUUGAUUUUGCGGACGCGGCUGCUUUCCUUGUACCACUCUGCUAGUAGACGGCACAUCCCAACCCGACUCCUGCAGGAGAUAGAAGAAAUAGGAGUCUGGUUUGAAACCACAUGGCUGUGUCGCAACCUUUGGAACAAGGUUGGCGAUAAGUUCAUCCGAAGGGUCUGCAGGUGCAUACAAAUGAUUGCAAUGGAAGUGCACUACCAGCAGGUACAGAAGCGGGCACAGCGCACAGCGCUAGCAAUCACCGAUGCCUCGACUACGUCUUCUCACAGCUCUCUUGCAAAGAGGCGGCACACAAAAGGAGGCGGCGGUGGUGGUUUGAAAGGCGGAGGGGCGUAUGGCCUUGGUCACAGCGAGGCAUGGACGAUGUUCUUGACCGCUCGUGAUGGUUUCAUAGGUUACCAUGUCCCCGUUUCUGCUUCGCUUGCCCUGGGCAGGCAAGCGAAGCUUCUGUAAGCGUUCACCGCUUACAGAACUAAUCGCUCACCAAGGGUGUGUGUGGGUGUGGGUGUCUGUGCUAAGCUUUGCGAACAUGAGCAUGCACACAUCAACACACACACACACGCACACACACACACGCACACACACACACACACACACACACACACACACACACACGUCCACACACUGUACAGUUAUCAUGCAUACGUGUGUCGCAAGAGCAGCUUGCUAAUCUGCACUGAAUGUGCGCCAAUAGAUUUCUUCUUAUAGCUACGAUACUGGACAAAUCUGUAUGGAGCAGAUCAAGACUAGCGCUAGAUAACUGCCUAAUCCCUACAAGUUGACCGCUUUGAGUGCAUCUGUAAUCAUCGCUCUGUCAUGUACGUGCAUGCAUUGCUCUUCUAAGUAUGCAUUGUUCGCGUAUGUGUGCACCUCUCCUGUAUGUAUGCUGUACCAUGCUGAUGCGUACUCAGCUGGUCCAUGGGUGCUCUGCUCCGCUUCGCUGUGUAUGUAUCGCUAUUUCAUGCAUGUAUCGCUAUUCCAUGUAUGUAUCAUUAUUCCAUGUAUGUAUCGUUAUUCCAAUUGCUAUUCUAUGCAUACAUCGCUGCUCAUGUAUAUCGGCUAGCAAGCCUUGAUUGCCCUGGUGGUUCUGUGCAUGCAUCGCUAUUAAUUUCAUGUAUGCAUGGCUAUUCAUGCAUGUGUCGUUAUUCCGUUUAUGCUUCGCCAUUCACGUGUGCCCGUGUAUUCCAUAAUAGACGAGAGAGUGACUCGUACGUAUUGCAAUUUUUUUUUAAAGCAUGCGUCGCCAUUCCUGUUUGCAUCGCUAUUCAAUGUAUGCGCCGCUGGUAUGCACCGCGGUCUCACAUAUGCAUGAGCAUCUCGUGUUAUGCAUGACUGUCACGUGACGAACAUGAUACAUGUACAAUGUACAUGUAGAUUUUUUACCGUGCAUACGCGUACGAGAAGUUGAAGUAGUAUAAUCAUGGUGUUAUAAAAUCUCUAUUUUGUUAGGAUCACAUCACGCAUACUUGAGUACUUCCCUGGUUUCAGUUUUUCAGCUGUUCCAAAUGCCAUGAUUCAUGAAAUCCAUUUCUUUUCUAUUUCGGCUCUCAUACCCGCUGGGCCACGCCGGAUACUGAGUACCGUGUUGGUCGGUGGUGGUGGUGGUGUGGCUGGCUUGUGUUUGGCGGCGCGUACGCCAGCAGCACCACCUCUGCUGCCGCCGCCACUGUCUCCGUACUACCUUCCCGCCGUACGCGCGUCUGCAUGCCCUGCUUCUUCUCCUGCUGCUGCUGCUGGUGGUGCCCGGGCGGCGCUUGUGCGGGCUGGUGGGCCAGGCAUGCUGUUACCCGGCUUAUGCCCCCCCCCCCCCCCCCCGCUUCCCCCUCCCUCUCUCAUUUGAUGGACUUGACUUUGUGUGCAUGAUUUUUUGGCGCUACAUGUCUGCCCAGCUUCCUGUGCCAGCCUAGACAUGCUAGCAUGUUCCUGCUGAGCUCCUUCUUAUUGCCUUGUUUUGCUUUUUGCCUAUUUUUACUGCGCAAGCAUGGUUUUUUCUUCUUUCCUACAUAGCAUAUUUUUGUCACAUAGAACCGGUUGCCCUUGCUCGUAAAAAUUAAUUACGUUUGCCACGAGAA